AUGCCAAAAAUAUCGGUUUCAAUGCCAUUCAAACUCACCGAAAAGGAUAUAACCCUCUACGCAAAAGCGACAUCUUCUACCCGCGAAAAUCUAGAUGCUGAUGAAGCAUCAAAAGCACUAUUCCUGUCAGCGGUUACGGAACCUUGUAUGCUGCUCUUAGUUGCGAAGCGAGGAUGUCCAAUCCAACCACUAGGCGCAGUUAACGUCAGGAACUCAUUCAAACUUUUCCGACCUGAGUUAUGUAAACUUUCAGAUCUACAAUCUGCGGAAGGGGCGAUGGUAGUAGCGACUCUAGCUCCAGAAGCAAGGAUCGUGAAAAGAGGUGUAGAAUUCGACUUAAUCGUCGAGCUAGGCAUCAGGGUCCUAGACGGAGAUACUACCGAGAUGAAAACCGUUUUUCGGCAAGUUUUUACUAUGCUUCAGUUUGCAAGGAUACCGAAGAAUGUAAAACUGUCGGAAGUCUCACAAAAGUCUGAGUUUGAAUUCAAGCUCGAUUCUAAGAAGCAGCCGGAAGGACAGGUUCAAUUGCCAUGGAAUGGUCCAAAGGAUUGGGCGAGAGUUUGUAAAGAUUAUAAUCCAAUUCAUAUCUCGUCGAUUGCGGCCGAAUUGUACGGCCUUCCGGGGAAGAUUGCACACGGGAAUCACAUGGCCGCUUUGGCACUAGCAAAAGUGGAGAGGAAGCCUUUGAAGCAAGGUGGAGGAUUAGCAUUGGAGGUUAAGUUCAAACGACCGGUGACAGUGCCAGCAAGGCUGGAUGUCCGUGUGGAAUUCGAACAAUCAGAGUCUUCCCAAGACGAAGUCACCCAUUUUGCGCUUACGAGUGGAGAGAAGGUGUAUGUACAAGGGGAGUAUAGAGAGCUGUAA